AACUGGCGUAACGUUGGUCGCGACGACGAAAGCCCGUGUGGGUCGUGGGUCGCGUCUCGCGGAAGCUGCGUCGAGGGAUCGUGCAUCUAUCCCGCGCUGCGCGAUAAUCGAUAUCAAGGGCGCACCGCGGCGAUAUCGCGGCUUCCGGCGUUCGCGACGGCGUUCAAGUUGACAUUCGUGGCGCGUGGCUCCUGGCUCCUGGCUCUUGUAAACAUAGCGCUUGGGCUGGUCGAUCACGCAGGAUAAUUGUUUUUUUUUUUCGCAAGACCGACCGUGUGAGCUCCGCGCGGGCGCGGAUUUUACGGGUAACGUGCGCGAUCGCGCAGCCGCCCUCCCUGAGAAGACCGGCGUGUAUCAUGUGAUUCUCACUGGGGUACAACAAGUAUGGAUACAUCUCCGUCGCACGGAAACUGUACGAUUUAGUGACAAGAGUUUGGGACAUCUUGGCAUUUUACCAUGGAACAAUCAGGCUCGCCGCAAGUUCUCGUAGUCGAGGAGAUCCAAACGGACGCGCAAGCGGUUCAGAUCGUCGAACGAGAUGUAAAAGUCACCGCCGCUGCUACAGAGGGUGACCAAGAUUCGCCAAAGCCAUGCGAGCCAGCGUCAGAGUGUAUAUUAACAAUAGACAAUACCAAUAUUCAUAUAGUAGUUGAUCCAGAAAAUUACAAUGUGAGUCACAGUGAUAUAUCUGAGGAAAUUGAGGCCAAGAAUCAAGUGGAAUCUGAGCAGAGAAAUGUGGAGCAUGUUUAUAAAAUGGCACAAGACGAAGUCGAACAUCAUGAUACAAAAGACAAGGUAAAUUUGAAUCAUGAGUCACAACACUUGCCCGACGAGGAAAACCAAAGGCUACAAGCGAUACCUGCAGCUGAAAUGAUAGCAGAUAAAGAGCUAAGGGAUAGUCUACAAAAUUUUGAUAUGGAAGGCUUGUCUGAAUCAGAUGUCAUAGAUAAACCGACUGUAGUGAUAGACAGGUCUAGAUUUAACCAACACGGGGGCCAGACUCAUGACUCAUAUGAGUCAGUUGAAACACUCAUACACAGGGGAGUAGAUAAUGAUGACAGUAAUCAGAAUAACUUGAUAGUAACUGAUGCUGAACUGAAGUUAGAGCAAGAGGGGACAGAUGUUGUCGUACUAGUAGAGACUAUGUCAGAUGCGACUGACACAACAGAGGAAAAUGUAGUUGUUAGUUCAAAAGAGAAAGACACUAAUGAGGAAUGUAAUCAGAAAAAUAUUACCUUGCAAGAGAAACAAAUUGUGGAAACUGAUCAUGGGAACAAUAAGAUUGAUUUAAUUGAUUAUAGCCAGGAAAGUGAUGGUACUAUAAUAGAAGUAACAGAAGUUAUAGACACCCCACUCAUCGAACAAUGUAAACAGCAAAAUAAUACAGACUAUGUAGACAGUAAUAAGUGCGAUAACAAAUCUGUAAAACUAAUCGAUGGUGAUAUUGCAGUUGUAAACGAUGAAAGUACUAAAGCAGAAGCUACUGAUGGUAAAACUCUGAUUAGUUCUGGGAAAGAGGAUAAAGGAGAUAUCACUAUCAUCAUAGAUGAAAAAAUUAUAAUUACAGAAGUUGAGUCAGAAAUUACAACAAAUCUGCCAGAAGUUGAAAAUGAUACUUGUAAGAAUACCAUCAAAGAGGUAGCUGAGCAUAAACAAGAUGAUACACCUGCUCACAAAGCAGUGGAUUCGUCGACGAAGAAAAGGAGCGUUAUUCAAGAUAUAUUUGACGAUUGGGGCGUUGAGAAUACAGACGAAGAUGUGCAAUCAACUUCGAAAGUUCAUGAUUCUGUUGAGAUCGAAUUGAAAAGCCUAUUGGAUGAAACUAAGACAGAUCAGACUGUUUCGAGUGAAUCGGUCGUAACUCCUCAAGAAAAAGUCUUUUCUGUAAAUGAAGAACACGAUGGGACAUAUAAUAUUGUAAGUACAAUCGAGAAGAACACACUGAAGCAAUCGACUGAACGAAUUGAAAAUCAAAAGAAAAAUAAAUCGCCUAAUAAAGACGCAUUGUCAUUGAAUAAAAAUGAAAAGAAUUCUGUAUCAGCUGCGAGCAGAUCUUCACGAAGUAUGGAUGCGCGUGCGGUUAACGCGUCGCCGCAUGACACUGCAGUUCCUAAAAAUCGUUCUCGGCAUUUAACCAGCCAGAUAGCGUCACCAGCAGAAGUGACGGAGGUAUUGAAGGAGCGUUUUCGCGAAAAGCAGAAGAGCGUAGAUACCCCACGUGGACCAGACAUAUUCUUUGUAAAGAAAUUAACGCAAAGGCUGUCUAGUAAAUUGGCGGGUGGUCCAGUGAAUCCAGUACCAAAACUUAUACCACUGCCACAGCAAACCGCCUCUCCAAAUUCAUCUUCCUCUUCUGAAACUGCACAAUCGGCACUGGAUAACUGUGAUAAAAAGACAGCAGCGGGAAACACAACGACAGAAGCGGGCAAGGAUAGUAAUUCUGAUAACAAGGAACUAUUAGCUAUUUUAGAGGGUGACAUUGAUCCUGACUGGUCCAUUUUGAAGCCACCAGUUCUCGCAGAAGAAAACAAAACGCCAGAACAGUCCGAGCAAAGCAAUCCACCAAAACUUGAUCCUUUAGUUGAACGAGAAUUAGCGCUAAAGCAGCUCCUUGAAUUGCCCAUAACACCAUCGAAGAAGAUUCCAUCGCGGAAAAAGAAAACGUUCCGAGCAGCGCCUACUAAAGCAUCUAAGGAUGUGACUACUGACGUGGAAAGUCCGCUUGCUACACAACAAAAGGAAGCUAAUAUAGAUUUAGCGAGUGAAAACGCGCAACCAAAUGCAAAAUCUGUCGAGAUUGAUCUGUGUUCCCCACCUCGAGGAAAGAAUCAGGAACAGAUAAGCACACGAGUAGAAGAGUCGAGAUCAGGCAGAAAGCGCAAACCCACUGAAAAAGCAAGGGAGCACGAACAAAACACGAUAAUAAAACGGCAGAAGGUAUAUAAGGGAAAAGUUUCGGUAAAUAAGAAACAAAUUGAAGAAAAGCAGAUUUCUGACGAUGGCUUGACGAUUGGAAAUCAUGUUGCGGCGAGCAACGCGACGAACGUUGAUGUUGUAAAUAAUGAGAAAACCAACGUGAAAGAAGUAACGAGUAAACAAUCCAAUAAGGUAGAACCAGUUUUGAAUAAAAUUGAAAAUUCUCCCCUGAAACAGUCAAAACCUAGUCUUGUUAAGAAAGAACCGAUUGCCAAAAGAAAAAUGGUAAAGAGAUUGCUGCGCCAAAAAAUGCCAAUGGAAAAGAAACCUGUUCAGCUGCAAACUAAAUUGACUCCGCCGUCUAAGAAGACUCCUCCAAAAGUUGUCUCGAAAUCGCCAAAACGGACGGCCGAAGGAUCGUCUGGUGACGCGAAACCCAAGAAAAAGAUUAUAAAUGAGAUAGAUAGAUUGUUGCAGGACGAAGGUGUCGUCAAUUUACUAUACGAUGUAGAGCAACCAGAUAGAAAACGCCUGGUUCCAAUUACGAAAUCACGAGCGAAGGUGAUGGAUCUGCAAAAGGUACAACGUGAACUUAAAAUCAGAAAGAAAUUGGUUCGCAAUGCCGUGUUGCGAUUGCGUACGUCAACUGUCACAGGUGUUACAAAGGUAUCACCGAGAUCAAAAAGAGCUACGAUUCAUCCGUCUGAUGUUCAAGUAGACAAAAAGAUAGUAGAGCAGGUUACAUCGAAAACUAACGCUGCUGCUUCAUCCACUGAAUUUAUUCUUCCGGCAAAAAUUCGAAAUGCGGCUGACGCGUCCAUCAUUGUUAGGAGACACUCGUCUAGUUCAUUUUCGAGCGCAUCUGGAAGUCCCAGAGUUAGUAUUGAUGCACCCGAGAAAUCUGUAGAAGUCACCAAGUCGGAAGAUGGAACAAUUCAUUCCUUGAGAUCUGCCAAAAAAAGACGAGAUUCACAAGAAGAGAAAAUUAAUAAUGCGAAAAAGAAAAAGAAAACGGUACAAAAGUCUGAUACCGAUGUUACUGCUACUAGUACCAGUGCUGCUAUUGCUACCCCAGCUAUCAUAGCUAGCAACCCUGUUGCGGAAGAAAAAGUUGCUGUUGUUGGGCGUCCCGGUAAGAAAUCGGAAAUCAAAAAAGUCGAUAAGAUCGGGAAGCAACAGGAAAACAUUCCUGCGGUUGAGGACAAUGUUUCGAGUAAAGUCACAACUAGAUCAUCGAAUGGUGCAGUCACAGGAAAAGUAACAGCAAAGAGCAAAAAGGCUGUGAAAAGUAAAGUGACUUUUGCUAGGGCAAAUGAUGUUGACAAUGCUGAGGAUUCUUUGAAAGAGGAGGAUGAAUUAUCUGCUUGUCUUGCUGAAGCAGUUACCGCUCUUUCAGUUGGCAAUGCUAAAAAUGUUACGACCACACGAAAGAGCAAAGGUAAAGUAAAUACAAGUGUUACGAAAACGUUGGACGUAGACAGUAACAAAACGAAAACGGAAAUGCAAAGUCAAUUCAGCAAUAAGGAAAUAAAUGUACGUAGACAUGGUAAUCUCGUACAAUUAAUACUUACGCCAUCCUCUUCAACGAAAAUAAGAAAUGCUCUUACAUUGCAAGUAAUGCAAGAAUUCAGAGAAGCUCUGUCAAUAUUGAAAAGAGAUGACGAAUGUAGAGUAGUACUGCUAACAUCUACAGGUACAAGUUUUUGUGAAGGUCUUGAUCUUUCAACAUUAUUGCAUACAAAUAAGGAGGAACGACGAUCUAUCGCUCAGGAGUUGGCACAUGCUGUCAAAGAUUUCAUAAAAAGUUUGGCUACUUUCAAUAAACCCAUAGUCGCUGGCGUACAAGGUGCUGCCAUUGGGCUUGGAGUGACAAUGUUGCCUCUUUUUGACCUUGUAAUUGCUAGUGAUAAAGCGACAUUCUGUACGCCUUAUGGGAAAUUAGGACAAAUCGCCGAAGGUGCUGCAGUCUUCACCUUGUCACAUAUACUAGGCAGUGCAAUUACAAGCGAACUUCUUUUGGGUGGAAGGACUCUAACAGCAAGUGAAGCGUUAAGAGCCGGUCUUGUUACUCGAGUUUUAUGGCCUGAUCGGUUUCAAGUAGAAUUAUUACCAUCGUUGAAGGCCAUGAGUGAUCAGUCGUCUCAGUCCAUGGAAGCAACAAAGGCUUUGUUACGUCACAGUCUACGAAAAAAAUUAGAUGCUGCACUUGAAUCAGAAACAUAUUUAUUGAUUCAGCAUUGGUGCUCGGUGGAAUGCCAGACUGCUAUAAAAGCUUACAUUGAUGGCAAAAUUCAGUAAACAAACGUGCAUACACUACUGUUUAUUUGUGGUCCUGAUCUGUUUUAAAAAUCAGAAAUGAUGGUUUGUGAAUAUUGGUGCAGAUGGCAACAAAAUCGUAUGACAUACAAAGUCAAGAUAAUGUCAUAUAAGCAAAUUUCGAUGUGACAUUCUACGUCAAUGCAUAUGCUAUAAGAUAUAAUUUAGAUAUAAGACAAAUAUUGAGAAUCACUCAAAAAGAUGGACUAUUUUACUAUUAGAUCAUUUAGCUAUAAAUUUAUUAUACAUAAAUAUAUAUAUGUAUAUAUGUGUAUGUAUAUAUAUAUAAUUUAUAUACAUAUACAUAUGUACAUAUAUAUACAAUAUCCUUCUGCAUUAUGUUAUUACUGUUAGAUUAAAAUAAAGGUACAUUCAUUGUAAGAC